CGUCGAUAUUCGAGACAUUUACUAUCCACUAUGUACGGCUUUCUAGUCGUAGUGACAACUAUCAUCAAUUCGGCUCAAAGCUACAUAUUUUCCUCGGAGCAUUACGAUGCAAUCAAGCAAAAAUCUUUGCUAGCUAGCGAUGACGGCUUUGGGCAGAACGAGCCUUUUGUCCCCACCCCCGCACACCUCCUGCCUUACAAAAAACCUUUCAAGAUUGAUGAAGAGCACAACUACUACAAGGGAUACGUGAACGGUUCCGAAGACGGCUACAUACGUCGCUCAUCUUGUCCCGCUGUCAACGUUUUAGCGAAUCGUGGAUAUAUCAACCGCUCCGGCCGCAACAUAUCAUACACCGAACUCUCUCAUGCCGUGCGGAAAGUAUGGAACUUUGGUGACGACAAUAGUAUGCUUGUCCUUGCUCCUACCUUCGCCCUUCACGGCUGGCCCGACACGAUCGAUCUCGACAUGUUCAAUGACGAUCUAGUACAGUUUGCCGUAAACUGCCCCGCCGCACCCACACGCAACGACCGCCAAGUUGGUGAAAAUGUUAAUAUCAACAUGACGUUGUAUGAGACGUUGGUAAGCUACUCUUCUGAUGGAGAAACAUUGAGCCUCGAAGACAUGGCCGAGUUCCACCAUUUACGGCAUAAUAUGAGUAAAGCGGAAAACCCAUUUUUUGUAUUUGGAAAUCAGGGCGCGAUUUGCUCAUUUGCGCAAUACACGAACAUGAUGGGUAUACUAGGUCGGUACGGUAAGCAUGGCAGAACUACCCUGUAUUUGGAGGAUGUCGCGACAUUCUACCUCAAGGAGGACAUCCCUCUAGGAUACAUGAAGAGAGAAGAACCGUAUUACUCUAUGGAAAGUAAUGCUCUCAUCGACCGCAUGACACAUCAUAUUGGGUACACAAUCCAGCGACCAUUCCCUGAUGAUGAUCAGUCACCCGGAAGGGAUAUAGAGCCUGAGGUUGCACGAUUCGAGAGAGAGAAGAGCAGAUGUCCGUUCACUGAGAAGGAGAACUUGGAGCUAUGA